CUUACACUGCGAUGCGUUGCGGUCAACAUAUUUGCUGAGGUGGGCGGUUGGCUCAGCAAAUGCCGCAACGUUCGUCACGAACAACACGGCGAUGUAUGGUCAUGCUCAUGUAUUGGUCUAUCGAGACCAUCUACAUGUAGAUAUCGGUAAGUACAUGUAUGCGCCCCGAUGUGCUGCGGAUAACAACGGUGUUGAUCACAACACGGAGACCAAAACUUCGUUGCGUUGGUGCAACAAACAAUUUUUUUAUCUUGACUUUACUAUUUCACAGUCAAAACCAUUUGGUGUCCAGUACAUCACACAAACCAACCACAGAUAUCUUCUGGCCAAGCACGACAUGGCGGACUCGAACGCGAAGCUCAACUCCUUGUUCGGCAAGAAGAAGAAGAAAAAAUCCACGACUGUCAACGCCAACGUUAUCGUUAAGACCAGCGCGCAGAAUGCCGUGCGUGCUGCUGCCGAGCGCGCCGCUGCGGCCGCUCCCAAGCCCUCUCCGAAAGCCACGGCCCCUGCUGCCACUGCUUCAGGCAAAGUGUUGUCGGACCUGUCAUUGAGCAGGGAGGAGGAGCAGGAGAAGGCUUCCUUCCAGUGGGCGAAGCAACCCAAGAAGUACAAGAACUUGAGCGAGAAGGAGGCGGUGGCUACCACGUGGGCCGAGCAGGAAGAGCGCAACCGCGUGAAUCGCCGCAUCCAGCUGGACAACGAGCGCGCCUUCCCGUCGCUGGGUGUGGACGCAGCCAAAGCCCAGCUACAUGGUAUGAAGGCUCCCACUACCAAGGCCGUCGAGACCAAGAACGUCUGGGCUUCGCUGCAUGACGACGAGGAUGAGGACUAAAUCGAUAGAGCGAUUCGUGCCACAGCUCUGUACUGGGGAAACAACGAACAAAUUCUGGAGCUUAUAGUGUCCAAAACAACGUUACAAAGAGGUGGUAGGUGCUCUGCCUGGCCGAGACGAGCUGGGAGAAUUCUGCUGCUCAUCUAUGUGACGGCUGGUCGGUCGAGUGACCGAACCGCGGCAUGAGGUGCAUCAGGCGCAGGUGAAUCGUAAUAGAAUGAAACAUCAAAAAGAGUCGAACGAGCAAAACAUCAACUAGUAAAA